GUAUAACGCGUCUCAGUGGCCCGCAGUUUACGCCUCUUCUCCACCACCAUCUCUGCUUCGGUCCGAAGGAGGGAAUUUAUGGCCAGCCAAGACCCGCCCCGGAUAUCUGCAUGGUGGAUGGAACUAUCAUGACGACAGGGAGGUGCAUCUGCUCGGCCAUGUCCCGGGGCUCCCCUCCUGCCCCAGUGCGGAGAACACUCGGUAGUGGAGAUACCGCCAACGACCAGCCCCCAGCCCCCAACCCAUCCGUAUAUCAAUCAGAUCGCCCCACACUCGCAAUGAUAUCACACCGUCUUCAGAGCGCUCUUGAGCUUCGUCCGUCGCCAACAUGCAUAUCUCUUCCUUCCUAGGUCUCAUCUCGGCCGCCCUGCUCGUCGGAGCUCAGGAUAUCGAUCCCACCGCGGACUUGAACUCCUUCGGGAACAACACUCUCUUCAACCGAUGGCGUCCCCAGUACCAUUUCCUCGCUCCUGCCGGCUGGAUGAAUGACCCCUGCGGAGCUGUUUACGAUCCCAGCCGUGACCUCUACCACUUGAUGUACCAAUGGCACCCUCACCACGUGCAAUGGGGUAACAUUUCGUGGGGCCACGCCGUAUCCAAGGACUUGGUGACUUGGACGGACAUGCACGACUGGCGCGGAGACGCGGCCACCUCUCUCGCUCCCGGCCCAGGUGAGUACGACGAGCUGUCCGUAUUUACCGGUACCAUCCAGCCGGUCAACAUCACCGGUGGAAACGAUGGCACACUCCUCGCCUUCUACACUUCGAUCCGUGCCCUCCCCACGAACUGGAGGCUGCCGUACAUUCCCGGAACCGAGAGCCAGAGUUUGGCCACUUCGGUGGAUGGCGGAAAGACGUGGCAGAAGUACGAGGGAAACCCCGUCAUCGAGGGACACCCCGAGGGCUGGAAUAUCACCGGUCUGAGGGAUCCGUUCUUUGAGGCGUGGCCCGAAAUGGAUGCGCUGCUCGGACAGGAGGAGGAUCACUUCUACAUGGUCAUGGGAUCGGGAAUCAAGGACGUUGGCCCUCGCAUCCCGCUGUACUCGGCAAAGAAGAAUGAUCUCACCAAGUGGACAUUCCUGGGUGCUCUCUGGGAGCCGAACAUGAACGAGACGUUCGGGGAUAUUGAGGUUACUGGAUCUUUCGGCUUCAACUUCGAAGUCUCCAACUUCUUUUCCCUGAAGGACAGCACUGGCAAGGCCCACUACUACGUCACGAUGGGUGCCGAGGGAGGCAGCAUCCCCAGCCACGGCCGCUGGUCCCUCUGGAGCGAGGGCCAGGUCACCCGCCGCCAAAACGGUUCUGCCGAGUUCGACGUCCUCUCCUCCGGCGUUGCCGACUGGGGUAACCUCUACGCCUUGACCGCCUUCAACGACACCAAGAACGACCGCCGCGUGCAGUGGGGUUGGUCCGAAGAAGACAUGGGCAACUACGGUGUCCGAGCCCAAGGCUUCCAGGGUGCUUUAGGUCUCCCACGUGAAGUCUUCGUAAAGGAGACCCACAACAUUAUCUCGGAGCCCGGAAACCCCAUCGCCGCCAAAUCCGACAGCUACCUCUCCCAGCACGCCAACGGCACGUUCACCGCGCGAACUCUCGGAGUCCGCCCCCUCCCCGAUGUCGUCGCCGGUCUCCAGCGCGGAUGCAAGCCGCAGCGCUUCCACCCCGCCAUCACCAACGGCACCGCGUACCUCCCCCUGCGCUCCGCCCACUUCCAUCUGCACGUGACGCUCUCCACCUCCGCCCCCGCGGGUCUCACCAUCCUCUCCUCGCCCACCUCCGGCGAGGAGACCCGCAUCAUCUACGAUCCCAGCGCACACACCAUCUCCGUCGACCGCACCAAGUCCUCGCUGAUCGCCGAAUUCGGCAACACCACCGCCUACGGCCACUACUUCGCGCCGCUCCUUGCAGGCGGAAAGCGCGAGGGGAUCACACUCGACGUGUUCGUGGACGGCUCGCUGAUCGAGAUCUUCGCCAACGACCGCUUCUCGCUGACUACUCGUGCUUACCCCUCGAAGGAGGAUGCGCAGAGAGUCGCUGUCUGGGGCAAUGGCGCGGCUUGGUCCGAUAUCGUUGCUUAUGAUCAGCUCAGGAAUGCUUUCCCGCAGAGACCAGCCAACUCCUCCGCCGAACUGGUCUGGGACGGGCCGGAGAACAGUGGGAACUUCACUUACUGGCCUGGCUGGUAAAUGUGUAUAAUGUAUGCGAGUAAUGGCGGAUGAUUGCGAGUCUGUAACAUGAGUUAAUGUUGGUAAAUACAUGUAAUGAAAUUCAUCAAGAGACGAGACAAUAUCCGAGUUGUGUGUAUAACUGCAUGGGUGCGAGACUUCAAUGGCAAUGACGUAGUGAUCC